AUUAGAGUCAGCGAGAGAGACACAAGACCUAGUCUGAGAGCAAGACAUUCAAAUAUAAAAGCCUCACUUUUAACAUUUUUUUUUCUUUCUUUUCUGGACGGUGACUCUACUAGCCUUGCAUAGAAUCCAAAGAUAGUUGGAGACGAGCCUGAAGAAAAUCGACUUUUGAAGAGCCUCAAAACUUGUAUGGAAUUAUAAGCCAUUUUCAUUAUUGGUUUUUCAUUUUGUGGGUUUCUUUCACUCUUUGACCAUGCGGCACAAGUAUCUGCUGAGUCUGGUUCUUCUGUUAGCACUGACAGAGAACAUCCUGAUGAUAACAGCCUGCAAACCUGGACAGAAAAAAAGCGGGGGAAAGUGUGUAGAUGAGGAUGAGUGUGUGGCUGAUCCAUCCAUUUGUGGAGAAAAUGCAGCAUGCUUCAACACUAUUGGCAGCUACUACUGUCAAUGUCAUGAAGGAUUCACACCUCCUUCACCUCAUAAUUUCACACAAGCAGAUGCGAUUGAAUGCCAAGACAUCAAUGAAUGUGUGGUCAACAGCACUGAUUGUGGUCCUAAUACAACAUGUAAUAAUACUGUAGGAGGUUAUAAUUGCACAUGUGCAACUGGCUACAUUUCCAACAAUGGAAAAGAACUAUUGAAUUCAGGACAAGGAGUUCAGUGUACUGACAGAGAUGAAUGCAGUGAUCCCAGUUUUUGUGGAAAACAUGCAUCAUGUCAUAACACUGCUGGAGGUUUCUACUGCAUCUGUGAAGCUGGAUUCAGACUAAAGUCAGGAGGAACUAACUUCACUGAUACAAGUGAACUCUGUGAGAGUAGGACUAAUUCAAGUUUAGAUCUUAUGUCUGACGUAUUAUUAACUGUGAUAAAAGCAUCCCAGCCAUUUCCAGAGUUCACAAAUCUGGCCUCUUUGAUGACCAACAUCAGUCAGAUACUGAAUCAGAGUGAACCUGUCAGAAUGAAGGACUUUACAAAACUAGACGGAAAAAGAUUUUUGCAGGCAUUUCAGAAUGCUCUCGAUGAUCUGCUUCGUGGUGGCUUCAGUGCUGAUAGUGCUAAGGUCUCAGCGUUGUUUAGUAUUGUGGAAAGCAUGCUAAAACUGAUAGGACAUCAGCAGUCAGAAGGCCUGACCAGGAGAGAAAGCGCUACAACUGAUGUGGAGCUGUUAGUAAUGAGGGGCAAUUCUCCACCUGAGGGUGAUUUCAUGAUGAAAACUAGUGGAGCACAAUUAACCUCCCACUGGGAAACAGCAACAGGAAAUACAUACCUCGGCUUCACGACUACAGCUCUGCUCAGCUACAAAGGUCUGGAGGAAUCACUCAAUGGCUUUUUUGACCAUUUAGAGACACAGAAAAAUGAAACUUUCAAGAUCAAUUCAAAAGUAGUGACCGCCACUGUUAGCAACAAAGAGACAAACAAUCUAACGACACCAGUUAAUUUCACAUUUUAUCACUUGGAGAUUUCCCCCAAGGAAAAGAAUGAGAAGCAAAGGCCUGUGUGUGUGUUUUGGGAUCCUGAGCUGGACGGGGGCGCGUGGUCAACGCGGGGCUGCACUACAGUGAGCUUCAGUCCCGAUCGGACCAACUGCUCCUGUAAUCACCUCAGCAGCUUUGCUGUACUUAUGGCUCUCUAUGAUAUUGGGGAUGUGUACGAGCUGCGUGUGAUCACACUGGUGGGACUGUCGCUUUCUCUGAUCUGCUUCCUCAUCUGCAUUGUCACGUUUUAUUUCGUGCGAUCCAUCCAGAGCACACGCAACACCAUCCACCUGCACCUGUGCAUCAGCCUCUUCAUCGCCUACUUUGUGUUCCUCGUGGGCAUCUCCCGCACAGAGAAUAAGGUGGGCUGUUCAGUCGUUGCAGGUAUUCUGCACUACUUCUUCCUGGCUUCCUUCUGCUGGAUGUGUCUGGAAGGAGUGCAGCUCUUCCGCAUGGUGGUGCUGGUCUUCAACACAACGCUGAGACCCGUCUAUAUGUUUGCCGCUGGUUAUGGAGUUCCUGCUGUAAUCGUGGCCAUUUCAGCCUCAGUGAACGCAAGUGGAUAUGGCACCGAAGAGUACUGUUGGCUCAACAUUAAAGAUGGCUUCAUCUGGAGCUUUUAUGGGCCAGUUUGUGUCAUAAUUAUUGUGAAUGUACUAUUCUUCCUCAUAACAAUAUCGAAGCUGGCAGAAAAGUUUUCCUCCCUCAACCCAGACUUAGACAGUCUGCACAAAAUCAAGGCAUUUACGAUUACUGCAAUCGCUCAGCUGUGCAUCCUUGGCAUCAUGUGGGUGUUUGGCUGUUUUCAGUUUAAUGAAAACACUGUGGUAAUGUCAUACAUCUUCACCAUACUAAGCAGCCUGCAGGGGGUGCUGAUGUUCAUCAUGCACUGCUGGCUCGCAAAACAAGUGAGAGAGGAGUAUGCCAAAUUCCUGUCCUGUAUCUGCACACCACACAAGAGGAAAUAUUCAGAGUUCACCUCAAACCAAUCAAGCAAACCGCAGGCCUCCAGGAGCGAUACUCACACUGGUGAAUCACACAUUUAAGAGGUUAUUUCCACAAGACCAUUCAAUUUUCCAUCUGUUUGCAAGUUGGAGUGUCACAUUAUUUCUCUAUCUGCUUACUGUGAAAAUAUUCAUACAUUGUAUUUGGGGAAUUCUGCUUUUAGGGGACCCUUUCCUUCCAUCAUUUUAUAAAGAAAAUGUUAACAUUUUUAAAUGCUUUUAAAGAUAUCUUUAUUUUUCCAGGACAUAUUUUAAAAGCAUCUCUUGUUCUUUUGCAAUUGCUCCUUAAACUCAAGAAAAUGAUGCAGUUUGACGAAAAAGCACAACCUCAUUUAAAAUCGAUACAUGACCAAUUAUGUCCUUUUUUUGUGAGAGUUGUUCAUGAAAGCCUUGUUUUUUUUUCAGUUAAAUAGUUAAACUGAGCACUGUUCUUCAGAAAAAUCUUUCAAUUUAUCCCGUUCAAAAAGAUUUAAUACAUUGUGUUUCCUCCUAGAGGAAUUUUACUGUUAUUAUUAUUUUAUGUCUUAAGCUGAAAUUAUUUAUUUUAAAUUCAAUAAAACUUAAUAUUGUGUAAUAUUUUUCUAAUUUAAGAUUAAUGUUUUCUAUUUACAUAUAAUAAGCCGUUAUGAAGCUGUAUUUUCAGCAUCAUUCCUCCAGUCUUCAGUGUCACAUGAUCCUCAGAAAUCAUUCUAGUAUGAUGAUUUGAUGAUCAAGAAACAUGUUUUAUCAUUGUCAAUACUGAAAACUGGUGCUUGCUGCUUCAUAGAUUUGUUUUCAGGACUCUUUGAUAAACAGAUAUUUCGAAAGAAAUAUAUACGUUUUAACAUUUUAAUUAUAAAUGUCUUUACUGUCACUUAUGGAAAAUAUAAUGUGUCCUAGCAGAAUAAAAGCAUUACUUUCCUUGUUUUUUAAUAUGUUUUCAUCAGUAGUGUAAAUAACAUCCUAAGAAUGUUUCAUAACAUGCUUUUAAAAGUUUUUAUUGACUUUUUAUUUAAAAAAAAAAAUGAUGUACAAUUUACAUAAAAAAAAAGAGGUUUGAUUGAGGUUUGUCCCAUGAUGUUCAUACUUCUGAAAAUGCUUUUGUUUUCCAUAUCAUUAUUCUCCAUAAACUGGUUCCUGGUUUGUUCUGAAUAUUUAGUUACGGUGAAGCUGAGUGAUACAUUUUGCACAUGAAGCCUUCAUUUUCUGCACUUUUUCUUACAGUCGCUAUUUAAUGCUUAUUGUGGUUUUUUGAUGUUGCAGAGUUUUUCAUAUUAAAAUGUUUACUUUCAUUCCCCUCA